UUCUUUGAUCGCUGACCAAGCUGCAAACCAACUGAGGUGCAAUGACUGUUCUACUGGCUGCCUUACUCUUGGUGCUGGCUCUCCUAUCCUUCUGGAUGGUGGCAAAAGGGAAACUGGAGCCCAAGGCAAACUACCCCAGAUGCCUGCCAUCCCUGCCAGUCAUCGGAAGCCUCUUUCAUUUUAUUGGACAUACCCAGUACCAUCUCUUUUUCCACAGAUUGCAGCAGAAGUAUGGCAGCCUCUACUCCUUGUACAUGGGCUCCAGUUAUGUAGUAGUGGUCCACAACUAUACCCAUGCCAAAGAGGUGCUGCUUAAGAAAGGGAAGAUCUUUGGUGGCAGACCUCGAAAGGUGACAACAGACUUGCUGACUCGAAACGGGAAAGACAUUGCCUUUGCCAAUUACAGCCCACUCUGGAAAGUUCAGCGCAAGCUGGCACAUUCUGCACUUUCCAUGUUUGGAAAGGGUUCUCUGGCCCUGGAGAAAAUCAUCUGUCAAGAAGCAGCUACUUUGUGUGAACUUCUGAGUGCUAAACAGGAUUCGCCCCUGGACAUGGCACCUGAACUGGCACGUGCUGUUACUAAUGUGGUGUGCACCCUCUGCUUUAACUCAUCCUACAAGCGUGGAGACCCUGAGUUUGAGUCCAUGCUCCAAUAUAGCCAAGGCAUUGUGGAUACUGUAGCCAAGGAGAGCAUGUUGGAUAUCUUCCCAUGGCUUCAGUUCUUUCGCAAUAAAGACUUGGUACUGCUGAGGAAGUGUGUGGAAGCAAGAGAUCAGCUCCUACAGCAGAAGUUUGCAAAACAUAAAGAAAUGUUCAGCAAUGAGGAUUCCGCCAAUGAUUUAAUAGACGUACUCCUGAGAGCCAAACUCAACAUGGAAAACAACAAUAGUCAUCUGUUGCCUGGGCAGGAGCUGACGGAUGACCACCUGCUCAUGACAGUGGCUGACAUCUUUGGAGCUGGUGUGGAGACAACCACAACUGUGUUGAAGUGGAUUGUACUCUAUCUCCUGCACUACCCAGAGGUGCAGCAAAAGAUCCAAGAGGAACUGGAUCAGAAACUUGGCUUUAACAGAUAUCCUCAGCUUGAUGACCGGCAGCACUUGCCUUAUUUGGACGCUACCAUUAGUGAAACUCUGCGCAUCCGGCCUGUAGCUCCACUCCUUAUCCCACAUGAGGCACUGGAAGAUACCAGCAUUGGGGAAUACGACAUUCCUAAGGGAGCUCACGUUGUGAUUAACCUGUGGUCCAUUCACCAUGAUGAGAAAGAGUGGGACAAGCCAGGGGAAUUUAAUCCAGGACGUUUCCUGGAUAAGGAUGGGAAGAGAAUCGCCUCUCCCUCACCCAGUUAUCUUCCCUUUGGAGCUGGUAUCCGGGUUUGUUUGGGAGAAGUCCUGGCCAAGAUGGAGCUGUUCAUCUUUAUAGCUUGGACCUUGCAGAGAUUCACACUCAGCGUCCCUCAAGGCCACACACUGCCUGAACCAGAGGGGAAAUUUGGAGUUGUGCUUCAAGUACCAAAGUUCAAAGUGAAGGCCACACUGCGGGAAGCUUGGAAGGACAAAGUAAGAGAUGAGUGACGUUAUUUGGCUCUCAAACAGCCUCCCUAAAUGGAAAGAGACCAAAAAUUACUUCAGCUGGAUCAGUAAAAGGUUUACUGGAUAAAUGUGUCAAGAAGGGGAAGUAAACUGCUUGGUAAAGGACACGAGCCACUAUUCACAUAGUAGAAUAUAUUAGGCACAUUGGACAAAGGCAGAAAGGACACCACAGUUCAUAAGAAACUUUUUCUUGACAUCGAAAGUUGCAUCUUCUUCCAUCUCUCCCUCAGACUCCAGUUGAAUAACUGAGAAUGCAGUGUUUUGCAUGGCAGAGCAGUGACAACUCUGAAGUUUCUCUAAACAAAGAGGUCACCCCACUUGUCUCUCAUUGCUGGACUCCUGUCAUUAACCUAUACAGUUAAUUUUCUUUCAGUGAUCUUAACCUGUGGAACACAGCUUACCCAUUUAGAUAUG